ACGAGAAUAGCUGGUACGGUCAAGUGGUUUAAUUUCAAGAACGGAUACGGAUUUAUAACGAGAGACGACACCAAAGAGGACAUAUUUGUCCACCAGACGGCCAUAACGAGAUGCAACCCUAACAAACUGCUCAGAAGUUUGGGCGACGGUGAAGCUGUCGAGUUUGACCUUGUCGAUGGAAUCAAAGGAAUUGAAGCGGCGAACGUCACAGGACCGAACUGGCAGCCCGUCAUCGGAAGCAUCCAUGCUUCCAUCAAGAGG